AUGCAGUUUGAUUAAUUAACCUUGAAUGAGGUGGAUUUUCUGAUAAAAUAAAUUAACUUGACUACCAUUUUACCUAGCUACACUGAAGAAAGAACAUAUAAUUUGAUUUAGGGAGAUUUCGGCCCAUUCAAGCCAAACAUCCCAGCGAAGGUACCUUUGUGGUUAGCUAUUCAUUUAAAGAGAAGCAAUAAAUGUAGAAUAGUUCCACCUGAUUGGCUUAAUGAGCAAAUUUUGACAAAAGUAUUUGACAGUGAAAAGCAAAAUGAUGAACUUUAAAAUCUUCCUUAUCAAUUUUUUGAAAUAGCUCAUAUUCUUAUCAAAUAUUGCUGUGAGAGUAUUCCAAAUGUUCAAAAGGUAAGAAGCGUGCUUGAUGACAUAGAAAAUAUAAGGGAAACAAAAAUUGAUAUUAAAAUGCUAAAAAUAGAUUAAAACACUAAAUUUGUAAGAUUUAAUAAUAUUUCUUAAUAUGAAGUCAAUAAAAAGAGAAAAGUUCUUGAGCUUUUUAUGGAUGGACUUAACAAUAUUUAAAAAGUUGUUCAAAAAAACAAUAUGGACAUUUCUAAAUUCACUGUUUCACAGCAUAUGAGCUAAAAUUGA